AUGCAGCACGCCGGAAUGACUGUUUUUCGUGAACCCUCUGGAAAGUCAAACGGUUUGACUUACGAUAAAGGCGGACACCUCAUCGCCUGUGAACACGCAAACCGACGGGUUUCGAGAACAACAGCAGAUGGGCACGUUAUCACAAUCGCAUCACACUAUCAGGGAAAACGCUUGAACAGUCCGAACGAUGUCGUUGUGAAAUCCGAUGGAAGCAUCUAUUUCACCGAUCCUCCAUACGGACUCAGUGCCGCCUACGGCGUUGAAUCAGAGAAGGAACUCGACUUUCAAGGUGUCUAUCGCCUGUCCCCAAACGGUGAGACACUGACCCUUCUCGUCGACGACUUUGAUAGACCCAACGGUAUCUGCUUUUCACCAGACGAGUCCAUCCUCUACAUUAACGACACUGAACGGAUGCAUGUGCGCGCCUUUGAUGUACACCCCGAUGGUACAAUCACAAACGACCGUAUCUUCGGUGAAGAAGAGGGAGAUAACGGGAAACCGGACGGGAUGAAAGUCGAUACGCACGGAAAUGUUUAUUUAACAGGUCCCAAUGGAAUUUGGGUCUUCGCACCAGACGGAACGCACCUUGGGAUUAUUCUUGUUCCUGAACGCACGGCGAACUUGGCAUGGGGUGGAGAUGACUGGACGAGCCUGUUUAUCACGGCGAGUACCUCCGUUUAUCGCGUAGAAUGCAAGACAGUCGGAGUCGCAGUCCCGUAA